UUGUUUUUUCAACAGGUCGCUGCUUCACACGGAACUCUGAGGACUUUGGUGUGGUUUCUUUUGGAAAGGCUGCCAUCUACUGGAUUUAAGGCACACACACACACACACACACACACACACGAAUUUGCACAUGGUUCAUACCACAUUUCAUAUCAGAUAUAUCUUCAUUAAAUGUUUUUAUUUUGUAUUUUCAAUAACAGAACAUUUAAUGAUAGAUAAGUUAGAAUAGAAUCAGACAUUAUAUUAACAGUGGCACUGACAGAGCAGUGGAAAAGAAACUACAGAGGAAAAUAUGGGAAUACUUGUAGAAUAUCACUGUAAUUGUAGUGCAAAGAACUGAGGCAGUGGAGCAGCACUGAAAAAUAAUGUCACAUCCAACAAAUACACAUCCUGAUUAACCUACACAAGAAAUCAAAAGGUGCAAAUAAAAAUAGACUUAGACAGACUUUAUUGAUCCCGUUGGGAUGACUCCCUCAGCAGCAAAUACAGACAGAACACAUCACACAGGGCAGUGCAACAACUUCUCUUCCAUAUCCAUGUCAUAAUACCUCAGAAAACAAAUUGAUUUAUCAGUAAACAUAUAAAACAUCUACUUACAUUUGUCCUUAGCAAUUAAAAAGGAGCAUUUUGAUGAUUAAUCAUUUGGUUUGGUGCAGCAUUUGAAGAAGGUGCAACGUUAAAAAUCAGUUCACCUGCAUUUAGGAAAUGUCGCUUUUAUUUUGAAAAGAAGAAUAUGUGACCGGAAACGUUUCCUGCCCGCUGGAGAUGAGCGCUAACUUGACGCUGGUGAAACAUCGCAUCUGGGUCGCUGCCAUUUUUUCCACAAUAACGGCGGGUAAAGUCCUAAAACCUGAGUCCGGUUCAGUCCGUGAUCGCAGCCGAGUGUCGGCCCGGAUCAUGUCCCGCGUCCAGCUGCUCAGAGUGCUCGUCAACGAGCGGCUGUCCGCGGCCGCGGAGGAGAUCUUCGAGGCGGUCAAAAAAACCAUCGCGGGCUACGAGGAGGAGAUCCUGCUGUCCAAACGGGAGAUCCGCCGGCAGCGCAGUUUGCUGCAGACGGUCUCCAAACCUGAGAGAAACACUAACACACACUCAGACCUGCCACAGCUGGCUCUCUCUGUCUGGGACGAGGACUUUCCCUCUGAUCAGCAGCAGGAAGAGGAGGAGGAGGAGGUGCAGUGCGACCAGGACUGGAGCUCCAGUCUGGACCGGGAGCCUCCACAGAAAAACCAGGAGAAGUUCCGCAGCAGCCAGGAGGAGGAGGAGGAGGAGGAGGGCAACACCAUCAGGUUCAUCUUCACGUCUGAGCACGUGGCAAAGGAGCUGGACCGGCUUCGGUCCAGCCACCAGGGUCCUAAAGAGGAGGGAGGGGAUCCUCUGCCGAGCACCUCAGCCGAGCAGGAGCCGGGGAAGAUGGAGGAGGAUGACGGAGCCUCCUCCAGCUCUUCUGCAACCGAACACGACAGCGAUGAGGAGUGGAGGGGCAGCGCGGGGUCUCCGAGCGAGGACAGCGACAGCGAGGAGAGGAAGAAGAAGAAGAAGGCGCCUCGUCUGCCGAUGGCUCCAAAACCUUAUCCGACAAAGAAGAACAAACAGAUCUACUGUAAAGUCUGCGGGAAGGGCUUCCACGCCACCGUCUCCCUGGUGAACCACAUGGAGGUUCACCCCAAGGACGUCUGCGGGGUCUGCGGGGAGUGUUUUGAGACCGAGGACAGAUUCAAAACUCACCUGAAAACACACAUGAAGGCUGAAGUCUGCAGCAUCUGUGGGAAGUGUUUCGGGGGCUCGAGCUCUUUGGAGACGCACAUGAGGAUCCACACGGGAGAGAAACCGUUCAACUGCAGCGAGUGCGGCAAGUCCUUCAACUGCCGCCACAACAUGAUGCGACACAUCAGGAUACACACCGGGGAGAAACCGUACCCCUGCUCCAUCUGCGGCAAGAGCUUCAACGACUACUCCACGAUGAAACGCCACCUGCGCAUUCACGUGCACAAGAAGAACCUGGACCCGGACAACACGUCUUCAAACGAGAACAAGAGCGGCAACGACAGCGAGAAGAAGAACAAGACGUCGUUGCCGAAGAAGCAGCAGCCCAGGACCAUCUGUGAGGUGUGCGGGAAAAUGUUCCACUCUGUGGUCUCCCUGGUGAAUCACGCCAAAAGUCACGCCACAGACCUGUGUGGCGUUUGUGGGACACAUUUCGACUCAGAGGAAAACUUAAAGCUUCACCUGAAAACGCACAAGAACGGGAAGGUGUGCGAGGUGUGCGGGAAGUGUUUCGACAGUCAGGGAAACCUGGAGAUGCACAUGAGGAUCCACACGGGGGAGAAGCCGUUUCUCUGCAGCGAGUGCGGUAAGUCCUUCAACUGCAGACACAACAUGAUGCGACACAUCCGGACCCACACAGGUGAGAAGCCGUACCUGUGCAACGUCUGCGGCCGGUGCUUCAGCGACCACUCCACCCUGAAGCAGCACAGCAGCACGCACACCGGGGACAAACCGCACCGCUGCGAGAUCUGCGGGAAAGGCUUCCACAGAAAGACGUACGUGAGGCUUCACAUGAAGAGCCACACGGCUGAGAAAUGACUGCUCUGUAAAGACUUGAGGUGAAAUGUUUUCACUUUUUCUCAGUCGUCCUCUGACCUUUCUGCUGCUGCAGUCAGUUUCCUGAUAGAGAUGGAUGAGUGUGAUAUGAGAGGUGAUCAUCAAGGUACAACCCCUGGCAAAAAGUCAUUUCAAAUGGUAACUUACUGGCUUUAAGAAACACUAAAAGAAAUCAAGAAAAAAAGAUGUGUUAGUCAGUAACAGUUACUUUUUUAGACCAAGCAGAAGAAAAAAAAUAAGGAAUCAUGAAAAAAAAACAACAACAAAAGAACACUUAAACACACCACUAGUACUUUGUUGCACCACCUCUGGCUUUUAUAACAGCUCGCGGUCUCAGAGGCAUGGACUUAAUGAGUGACAAACAGUACUCUCAUUAAUCUUUCUCCAACUUUCUCUGGUUGCUUUUGCCAGAUCAGCUUUGCAGGUUGGACCAUUUUCUUCAACUUCCACCACAGAUUUUCAGUUGGAUUGAGAUCUGGACUAUUUGCAGGCCAAGACAUUGACCUUAUGUGUCUUUUUUCAAGAAAUGUAUUCACAGUUUUUGCUCUAUGGCAAGAUGCAUUGUCAUCCUGAAAAAUGAUUUCAUCAUCCCCAAACGCCCUUUCAAUUGAUGGGAUAAGAAAAGUGUCCAAAAUGUCAACGUAAACUUGUGCAUUUCUUGAAGAUGUAAUGACAGCCAUCUCCCCAGUGCCUUUACCUGACAUGCAGCCCCAUAUCAUCAACGACUGUGGAAAUUUGCAUGUUUUCUUCAGGCAGUCGUCUUCAUAAUCUCAUUGGCACGGCACCAAACAAAAGUUCCAGCAUCAUCACCUUGCCCAAUGCAGAUUCACGAUUCAUCACUGGAUAUGACUUUCAUUCAGUCAUCCACAGUCCACGAUUGCUUUUUCCUUAGCCCAUUGUAACCUUGGUUUUUUCUGUUUAGGUGUUAAUGGUGGCUUUCGUUUAAAUCCCAUUUCCUUUAGGCGGUUUCUUACAGUUCGGUCACAGACAUUGACUCCAGUUUCCUCCCAUUUGUUCCUCAUUUGUUUUGCUGUGCAUUUUCUGUUUUCAAGACAUAUUGCUUUGAGUUUUCUGUCUUGACGCUUUGAUGUCUUCCUUGGUCUACCAGUAUGCUUGCCUUUAACAACCUUCCCAUGUUAUUUGUACUUGGUCCAGAUUUUAGACACAGCUGACUGUGAACAACCAACAUCUUUUGCGACACUGCGUGAUGAUUUCCCUUCUUUAAGAAGUUUGAUAAUCCUCUCUUUUGUUUCGAUUGACAUCUCUCGUGUUGGAGCCAUGAUUCAUGUCAGUCCACUUGGUGCAACAGCUCUCCAAGGUGUGAUCACUCCUGUUUUACUGCAGACUGACAAGCAGAUCUAAUCUGAUGCAGGUGUUAGUUUGGGGAAUGGAAAUUUACAGGGUGAUUCCAUAAUUUUUUCCUCAGAAUUGAGUGAUUCCAUAAUUUUUUCCUUCUGCUUGGUCUAAAAAAGUAACUGUUACUCUUUUUUUUCUUGAUUUCUUAAAGCCAGAAAGUUGCCAUUUGAAAUGACUUUAGUUUUGUGUCAUGUCUGUGAUCUUUCUUUUUCCUACAAAUUUAAAUAACUGAAUGAACAUCCUCAGAGACUGGUGAUUCCAUAAUUUUUGCCAGGGGUUGUAGAAAACAGAAAUACGGCAGGUUUACAGCUGGAGUAGUUCAUUUCUUUGGCCACUUGGGGGCAGCAGAACGCCCACAUGUGAAAACAUAAACGGCUCUGUUUUAACUGCUGCUGCUGCUGAUGAUGAUGAGUUCACUGUCAGUUCAGCAUCCCGCCCUUUAAAGUCACCUCAGUGAGUGAAGGUUUUAGCAGUUAGCUGCAGACACACAGCAACGUGUGUUAAAAUAUAACCUCGGACAAACAGCUGUGAAUCCUGAAUGUCUGUGGGAGUUUUUCUCGUAGCAGGGAAAGCACAGGUGUGCGGUCCCUUUAGGGGACGUAGUGUCAGGGUCCUGGUGUUUUGGUCACUUGAUGGAGCUGCGCCAGUGUUAGAGUAAAAACACUGAUCAGUGCAGCUGUGAGUGAGUCGGACAUCACACUUUACAAACAUCCAGCUUCAUGUUAAAGAGGCUGAACGAUCUGACACCAGGAGAUCGACAAAGAUCAGGAACAAAGAGACACAGUGUCAACUUUUCUAUUUUUUAUAAGCUGCAUAUAUUUCUAUUUUCUUAACUUAACUGCUUAUACUUUAUAUUUUUCAAAUAUAUUCAUCUCAGAUAUUUUACUGACUGUGUCCUGCUGCGUCAUGAAAGUCGUCAGUUUUCAGACUCUGUCGUUCUUAACUUCUUCUGAGUUGUAUCAUGUUUAAACCCUCUGUGCUGUAUCCUCAAACACACACACACACACACAGUGACUGGUGUAUGUACAGUAGUUCUGACUAAUGUCAGAAAUCCUCUGAUGUGGAUCGAGAGCCAUGAGACUCUGACAUCGUGGUUUUCUCCUGUUUGAAUAAACCUUUCUCUUUUUGACUGA